UAACUUGUGAGCCCUGAAGUGGAAAGCUUGUAGUUUUGGUUUUGAUUCAUUCAUUAUUUGGUGUACUUGCAUGUUUAUCAUUUAUUAUAUUUAUACGAAGCGCUAAAUCCGCGUGGGUCAGUCAGCUCAAAGAGUAUUUGGAGGAUCGAUUCUCCAUCAACUAAGUCACUCUAGAAUAAAUCUACAUGAUGCACCACUGUUAUACAUUAAGCUGUUGUAUGUUUUAAACAUUAUACAUCAUACGAUUUUUUCCAUCAUAUUUAUAGUUUCCAUCGAAUUUAUAGUUUCCAUCGUAUUUAUAGUUAACAUUGUAUUUAUGCAACUUUAAUUGGAAUAGUUGCACUUAGUUUUGACUUUUCUUCUUUUCAGAAAUGCUGAUGGGUGUGAAUAGUGGAGGUGCGUGUGAUGUGAUGGUUGUGCAGUCUCGUGUCAGAUAAAAAUAGUGACACGUACAUCAAAUUGGUGAUGGUGUAAGUGUAGUAGAUGUGAGUGAAGGCUAGAGAGGCACUGAUGGGUGUGUGUCAUGUCUCACUAUAGCUAACAGUGUUGACACAAGCAUCAUCAGCCGCGUCUGUCCUCAGAACGAGGCAGUCUACCUGAGUGUGAACUCCCAGGGGCUGAGAAGACGAAUCCACCACUGCUAGAGAAGAGUAACAGUCUUUGGAUUGUCAUCCUUGGAGGGUUAUUGACCCGUUAUAACCCAGUAAAGUCAAGCAGUGUCGUUUAUUUCUAUCGGAGUUCUUCGUUCCUCUUCCUAAGUGUACGACCAACGCCAGCGGCUCAACAUCCAGGUACAUGUUUUCCACGUCUCGCCCCACUUAGGAACAGAACCUGGGUUCCAUAGAUUGUGAUCCGAACGUUGUACCUCUUACUACUCACUAUUAGUAUGAUGUAGAGAUCAUAGAACAGCAGUGUGGGACAGAUGAAAGGGGCAUCAUGUCCGGCUCUGACAGUGGAGAGAGCCAGGGGUCGUGCGCUUGUACCUGCGAUGAUGACUGUGGCGACAGAUCGCUCUCUGCUGUAUCCUCGCUCCGCGGGGCGGAGACCUCCUCAGGCUGCCCAUCGUCGUCAGACUUCCAGCCUUCUGACCCCAUCUGCGAGAGUGUGUCGCCAGCUUUCAACACCCGCUCCAGCAAGACUCGCGGUGUAUCCAGGCGUGGCUGGCAGAGCCCACCGCCUCCGCCUCUGCCGGAGAAACGGAAGAACCAAAUUCCGCCCGCCAUCCCUCGGAGAGUAAAGAUGCCCCAAGCAGAGGAUCCAGGGUGCCCAUCUCCAUUAGAAAGGUGCUGGUGGGAGCAGCAACCGCUGUCGCCGACGAGCUGCGCCUCAGGUUACUGGGAUCACAAACAGCAGCAACAACAGCAGACAUGCAGGGAAGGGACCACCUCUUCCCCAGACUCUGACGGGUCAGAGGAGAUGGAGCAGAUGAAGGCUCUCUUCAACGCCUGUGACACUGACGGAGACGGCUACAUAACCAGCGCCAACCUGUGCGGGCUGCUGGAGAUGCUGGGUCUGGAGGGGUCGGGCGAGACGCUAGCCCGGGAGCUGGGUGCUGACCGCAGAGGCAGAGUCUCCCUCAGAGCCUUCCUCGACUCCCGAAGACACCACGCACACGAAGUCAACGCCAUCAGGAGUGAAGGUGGCGAGAGCUGGGCACCGGAACACUGGUCAGGUGGCUCAGAAGGUGAUGUAGAACCCUCACUGGUCCCCGAGGGCCCCCACGGAUCCCUCCUAGAGGGGCCAUCCACGCCCGGGCAAGGCAGAAGGCAGUGGAUGACUGGGGGCCGCCGCCUUUAUCCCAUCACCAGCAGGCAGGUCCUCGAAGCUACCAACAAAUUGCAGCUGGCGGCGCUGGGGUCGCUGAAGGGGGAGGUUCUGGAGCUCUCCUCCAGGCUCAAGCUUCUCUCUCAGGAGCGAGACAUGUUGGAGAAGACCCUCACUGUCACCCAGUUGGAAAAGGUGAGGGUGGAACGUGAGAGUGAAGAUCGUUUGGACUCACAAGCACAGCGCUACGAGGAGAGACUCACUGAACUGCACUCCGUCAUUGCUGAACUCUCCCGCAAGAUCGACCAGCAGCGCAUCAGUGUGAUAGCAGAGGAGGAGGUGGUAGUGGAGGAGUACUCGCAUUCUGAACUCUCUCACGACCAACAUGAUGCCACGGAAGAUUCAACGAGUGAGGCAGUGGAAUCAGAGGAGCAAAUGGAGGAGCCUAGGGAUCAUACUGCCACUGAUGCCUCCACCUCUUGUGAUAUAGAUGACAGGGCAGUUGAGGCUGGAGAAGGAAUUGCUGACCUGGAUGUCAGUGAAUGUCCUCGAGGCAGUGGAGAUACCAGCAGUUGUCGAGCAUCUGGGGAUGAUGCCUGCAGGUCCCUCAGUGCGCUAGAGGAGGAGGUGAAGGUACUCAGAGAAGAAAAUAACAGUCUACAACAUGCUCUGGCCCUUGCCCAGCACCACACGUCCACUCAUCGCACCACCAUCACAGCUCUUACUCAGGAGAGGGAUGCUCUUUGUAAGAAGCUACGUGAGUAUCAAAGAAUGCAACCUGCAAUGCCCCCACAAGCACUUCAGGUAGCCGAUGCAGUGACAGUGCGAGGACUGAGAGGCACCCCCCUUGUUGCCUUCACGGUAACCUCUGGGGGUUCAGGGCUAAGUGGAUCAGGACCAGGCACAGUAUCUCCUUCACCUUCACCACAACCACCAGAGAGUCACACGCCCACGCACGAUGACACACCCAUUAUCUGUAAACUUGCUGAGCGAGUCAGAUUAAAGAAGGCUGAGAGUGGUGAUCAAAGAAUAACGGGGACAGACCUGAGUAGUGUGGGUGUGUGGACAACUGCCGUUGCUGAACAACUGGUUGCAGGUGUUCAGGAAGAAAGCGAUGCCCAGGAGCUAUAUCAUGCCCUUGCCACUGCUGGCGGAGCUCUUGCACCUCAUGAGAGGUUAAAAGAAUUUGAAGUGGAGAUAGAAAGACUUCAUACAAAAGUGGACCAUUUGAAAGCACAGAAUGAUGUUUUAGCUAUUACUCUCAGUGAAUCUAAAUCACACUGUGAUCAUUUAAGUAUCCUGAUGGGUAAAUAUGAAUCUAACUCUAUAGCUUUACAGCUGGCAGUGACGAACUUAGACCAGACUAUCGAGGCUUAUGAAGUCUUGGUGGCACUAUUAGAAAGUGAAAUUGGUUUAUUAUUAGCAAGCUGCAAGGCUGCAGGUGUUGGAGUGAAGCGGACGAGUGGUGGAGUGGGAAGUGGAAGUGGUGGCUGGAGCUAUGCUGAUCAGGAUGAUCUUGUGGCUUUAGUGAAAAGAGCACAGGAGCAGCGAAGAUCAACAGAAAAUGUUGCUCGUCACCUACUGUCUCGUUUGGAGAGGGCUGAAGCUCAGCAUUCUGAUGCAGAGAGCUGGAAUGAAGCUGGCAUUAGCCAUAAUACUAGUGCUACUUCAUCAACAUCCAGUGGUGUUGACUCUGACGUGAGUCGUGGAGAGGAACAACGACUCCGUGAGACCAUUAACCGACUAAAGGAGGAAAGAGGGCAUGUUUCAUCCUCUCUGCUUCCUCUUGAGUCACUUCAUGUGGACCCUCUCACCAGGCACUACCCACUCAGCCUUAAUGAUGCACACAAACUUGACCUUGAAAAUGCAGUGUUAAUGCAGGAGCUUACAGCAAUGAGAGAAGAUCGUGCAGAGCUUAGAGCUCAGGUAUAUCUAAUGGAAAGAGAGAAAGCUGGUUUAGAACUUCGAGUAGGGACAUGCGAGGCCCAGGCAGCAGCCUACUGUGCCACCAUUGACCACCUUAAAUCGGAAUUGGCGCAGGCACGCCCAGGAGGCAACCAGGAUGGAGAAGGUGAUGGUGACAGUGGUGUAGACUCAUCGUCCCCAGAGAUCAUAGAAGCCCUGAGACGGGAAAGACAACUAAAGGCUCGGGUGCAAGACCUUGUCACUACCCUUGAGAAGGUGACCAAGAACUCUGAAGCAAGACACAUGCAAUCACAAGAGUUUAUCAAUGAUCUAAAGAAAGCAAAUGGAGCACUUUUGACCGCUGUGGAUCGCCUUAAAAAGAAGUAUGCUCUCAAGGUGAAGAGGAUGGAGCAGCAGAUGAUGGGCAUGGUGGACAGGCAUGCUCACCAGGUUCGUGUUCUGAAACAGAAAAUAUCAACACUGGAGGACGACACAGGCUUCAGGCAAACACAAAUGAUCUCAACUGCCAGUGAGACAUCACUCUGAGGACAUACAUGGGUUAUAUACUGUACUUCAUAAUUUAUAGUAUAUUUGUUACUUAUCGAUAUGUACUGUUAAUGUAUGAAAGAGUUUGACUAUGCAAUAACUUUCCACUCAGUCACAUGUGUCUUAAACAUUGAGUGGUUUUUAUGAUAAUGCAACCAUCUCCCAUCAUUCCAGGAUUAUUUGGACUGAAUGUACGAAAGUUACUUAUUGAUGUAAAUAACAGCCAUAUAUGGAAUAUAUAAUUUAAAGCAGAAAAAUACUUUUGAUGCUUUAGAUAAAAUGCAAAAAAUCAGCUAUAAACAUGUCAGAAAAUGAAAAAGACACAUAAUUAUGAUGUAGAAAUUUAAGUAAAAUGAGUAAGAAACCUCAAAAAAUUAAAGAAUAAAGAUUGUGUAUUAUGUAAUUUUGUCAGUAGAAUCAAGUUUAAAAAAAAAAAGUAAACCCAAAAACUUAUGUUCUUCUAUAGUCUGAUGAAAAUUUGAAAAAUAUCAAAACUAAAAAUCAAAAAUCAGUAAUGGCCUUAUAUAUUUUUGUCUACAUUUCCAUCAAGAAUGGUCAACACUGUUUCUGACUUUAGUUUUGGAAAACUUUUCUGCCCAUACUGAAUAAUGUACAGCAAGAUCAUUGGAAUGUUGGCAAGUACCUCAGGAAACCUUAUCAGGGACAACAAAUCGUAAAAAAAAAAAAAAAAGACAAC